AUGAGUCCUCACAAAAUCUUUAGUCUACCGUGCACUUCUGCACUACCGGAGUACGGCAUAUCUCAAAAUGGCUUUCUUCCGGCUGAGCCGCCGUUGUCCCGAUUACCACAAGACUACUACCGCCCAUGGGAACAGAUCAUAGAGAAACUUCCUCUACUUAUCGAGACUCAGCAAAUACGGCAAUGGGUUGACGAGUUGCCGAUUCUCGAAGUAUCUCAGCUAGACAGUGAAGCAGAAUGGCAAAGGGCCCACUCGAUGCUAGCUGUCAUGGCUCAAGGAUACAUCUGGACAGGACCUGAACCAUCAGAGCGACUACCUCCUGCAAUUACCAUCCCUUUCCUUCGGACGGCCGAGCACCUUGAAGUACAUCCCGUCGCUACAUAUGCAGCACUGAACCUAUGGAACUGGAGACCAUUAACCAACAACGCCGACUUAACUCAGCCGGAAAACAUGGUUGCUCUCUAUACAGCUACUGGCAGUGAUGAUGAAUCAUGGUUCUUCAUCAUCUCAAAUGCAAUGGAGGCAAGGGCCGGUCCACUGAUCGAGACCAUGCUCGGUGCGAUCGAAGCCGUCACAAAGGAUGACGUUGCAACAGUAGUGCAUGCUCUGCAGUACUUUAAGAGAGGUGUGGAUAGUAUCGGACAACUUCUAGAACGUAUGGAUGAACGAUGUGAUCCUCACGUGUUCUACCACACCAUCAGGCCAUUUCUGGCCGGCAGCAUGAACAUGGCGGCUGCUGGUCUGCCAAAUGGUGUCUUUUAUGAUGAAGGCAAUGGCAAGGGCACAUGGCGAGCGUACCGAGGUGGCUCCAAUGGGCAGUCUUCCCUGCUCCAGUUCUUCGACGCUGUGCUCUCGGUAGACCAUUCAAGAAGUGGCGGUUUCCACGCGGAGAUGCGCGGAUACAUGCCCGGCCCCCACGCUCGGUUCCUGGAUGACGUUGAAGCGAUUGCGAAUAUUCGGAGCUAUGUAAAUAGCCACCAAGAGAACGAUGUGCUUCUUUCAGCGUUCAACGCAGCCGUUGCAGCACUCAGUGGCUUCCGCGAUAAACACAUUGCUCUUGUAACGAGGUACAUCAUCAUACCAAGUCAUUCGGCCAAGCCUGCAAACCAUGUGAAGAGGAGAGACAUCGCUUCUGCCUCUACAGAGCUUGUCGCAGAAAAGCCAAAGACACAAGAGCUGGUUGGUACCGGAGGCACUAAGUUGAUUCCCUUCCUGCGAACGUCAAGAGACGAAACCAGCGAAACAAAAGUCGUACAUUGA